AUGGCAUCGGCGCAGGAGAUUGCAAAGACGUCUUCUUCUCCCUGUCCCCAGGGCUUGACGCCACCGGAUAGCCCAACAAUGGGGUCAGCUGCACCUCACUCUUCCAUGAAGGAUCUGAUGCAUCUCGUUGAUGCGUAUGCAAAGGUGGUGUCUGGUCUUAUCAACCGUGAACCUCCUCCAAACACUCCUGUCACCCAGGACCUGUGCCCACUAGGUCCCGACGUGGUUCGACUGAAGCAGUUACUGGAACGUGCAUCGGUCGAACUCUCUCAGGCAGCCGAGCCAUCUCAGUCUUGCUUUCCCGACAAUGAGCAGGCCGACAAGGUCCAGGUGGCAGAUGCGCUUGACACGCCCAUCUCCCAGGACCAGUCCUCAGCAGGCCUCGAUGUGGUUCGACUGAAGAAGUUGCUGGUGAAACUCAUCCGUGAUAACUAUCCUUCAGUUGAUCUUGAUCCGAUCAGGACUACAUCGGAUGACUACGAAUCGUUUAAGGGGUGGGCCCAGGAAUCGACACCUCAAUUCAAGAAAAUCGUGGAAACCUGGGACAAAGGUGCAUGCAAAUACAAGAUUGCCGAAUCAGUGGAGAGCAGCAAUGACCAGCAUGAUCUUGCUAAGUAUGAAUUCGUUGUCCGCGAACGUAUUGAUCGGAAGUCCGAGGAGGUGACGACAUACAUUGACAUCAAAUCGGAAUGGCUGCGCGAUAUCCUGCGUAGGGUGCUGCAAAACAUCAAGGCAAUUAGUCUGAUGGAGAACGAACCAUCGAUCGAGCAGAAUAUCCUGUUCCAUUUUCUCGCGGAGCUCGAGGAAUGUGCGGAUGGCUUGAAAAAUGACCCGAAGUUUGACAUGAAGCACCUGAAGCAUCUCAGCCUACUCAUCGAGCACCUCAAGCAUACAUAUACUUCCACCUCACAGCGCCUUCAUUCAAUGCUGGAGCAUAGCCAUAUCACCUAUGACCUCCUCUGGGCGCUCUUCAAGCCUGGCUCCCACGUUUUUGCCACGUGCUUCGGCACAGGAGAGCCACGAUGUGUGGUAUUCGAUGCAGGCCAAGAGAUGACUCAAGAUGACAUUACGUUUUUCAAUCUCGAAUGUCGGUUUCUUGAUUAUGAUGGAGUCAGGUUUGGUGAAGCUGGUGUCUUUCUGCGAAUUCUCAAGUACCGUGGAUCAAAGCCAAUCAAGGAACUGGAGGCCUUCCCCAUCUGCUAUUAUCCGAAUCAUGAACAAAUCCGCACAGACCUUAUAAAAAGAGGUCAGAAGUUCUGUGACUUGGCCGGUUCACAUAUCCAGCACUGCAACGGGAGCGCAUUCUUUAUGAAAAACGGAAAGCCUAUUAAACUAAAAAUCAACAGUCGAGUGGGAGUUGACGCAGCCUCUUUCCGAAAAAUGCAGCCGAAUUACUCCCGACCUCGGCUGCAUGAUAUCUGGGCAAAAGAUGGCAUUUCUGUCGUUGACUUGGAUAUACCUUUUAGGAAUGAUCACGAACAAGAAAAAGAGAAAAUGCAGGAAGGCAGUGUCGAUGCCCAUCAAAUGGGUGAGAGCGACUUGCUGAUCUGCUGCCCAACCGUCUGCUGCUUUAUUUUUAAGGAGAAGAUGUUCUUGGAAUGUGCGGUGGGUGCUCUUACGGACGUGCAGUGGUCUCCGGGGUCCUUUGAAUGUCUUAAGAUCCCGUCAAAGACCAAGGAGCUGCUCUCCUCACUGGCCAAAACUCGGCUGGACCUUGUGCCAACUCUCCCUUUUGACGAUAUCAUUGAUGGCAAGGGCCGCGGCCUGAACAUCCUUUUACAUGGUCCGCCGGGUGUUGGGAAGACGUUUACAGUCGAGGCAACUGCAGAGCGGUUCAACCUUCCUCUUUAUUCCAUAUCGGCCGGUGAGCUUGUGGUAGACCAUGGUGAUUCAAAUGCCCUUGAGCAACAACUUGAAACAAUUUUCACCAUUGCCAAGCACUUCAAUGCAGUGCUUCUUUUGGAUGAGGCAGACGCGUUUAUGGAACAGCGUACAUCCUACCACGACAACCACAAUCGCCUCGUGACGGUUUUUCUCCGAAAGUUGGAAUACUACCAAGGCAUUCUUUUCCUCACAACGAAUCGGAUGAUCCAGUUCGAUGAAGCCAUCAUAAGCCGGAUCCAUUUGACCAUCAAAUACCAGGGUCUGACAAGGGAUUUUCGAAGAGAGAUCUGGAAAAACUUAUUGUCCAAAGCACAGACUAUUCAAGGACCCGCCAUAGUUGGCCAUGAUGAGUUGCAGCGGUUAGACAACUUCUCUCUAAAUGGGCGAGAGAUCAAGAACCUUACUUCUAUUGCGCAUGCACUUGCCACAGUCGAUGAACAGCCAGUGAGCUAUAAAUAUUUGGAAAUGGCUGCGGAAUCGAAUGAGAAACUAUCGGAAAAGUUCGGUCAAGAGAGUCAUGUUGAGAGCAUGGGUUUCGAGGUUCCAUAG